GCUGCGGCGGCGGCGGCGCGCUCACGGCCCGAGUCUAGGGCGCCCUGGGUCGGAGGUGCUGCCGUGGCCGCUGCUUCCGAAGCCAUGUACCGCAGCAGCUCCCGAUCCUCCGUCUCUUCGCACCGGCUUAAAGACGGCGGCGGGGGCGGCCCGCGCACCGGCCGCAGCUCCGGCUCUUCCUCAGGCCCGGUUCGCCGCAGCUCACCGCCGCCGCCCUCUUGCUUCUCUUCGUUGCGGCCCCCGGCUCGCCGGCCCCGCUCGCCCUCCGGGCACCGCAGUCGCUGGGCCUCGCCGUCGCCGUCAACGCGGGGUCGCCGCGGUUCCCCGUCCCCACCCCGCGGCCGCCGGGCCUCACCGUCCCCGCCACGGGGUCGUCGCGUCUCCCCUUCCCCGCCGCGGGCCCGUCGCGGCUCCCCGUCGCCACCGCGGGGCCGCCGACUCUUCCCGCCGGGCCCGACUGGCUUCCGAGGCAGCAGCCGGGGAGAGUCCCGCGCCGACUUCGCCCGGGACGGCCGCGGAGACCAUUCAGGCGACAGCGGCAGCCGGAGACGCUCUCCUGGUUUGCGUUCUGACUCUUUGGAACAGAGCCUAAGGAUCACUGUUGGCAAUGACCACUUCUGUGUUAGCACACCAGAACGGCGACGGCUUAGUGAUCGGCUGGGGUCACCAGUGGAUAAUUUGGAGGACAUGGACAGCAGGGAUGACCUGACUGAUGAUUCUGUCUUCACACGAAGCUCCCAGUGCUCUCGGGGUCUUGAGCGAUAUAUUUCUCGGGAGGAGGGGCCUCUUAGUCCCUUCUUGGGACAACUUGAUGAGGACUACCGAACAAGAGAAACUUUCCUGCAUCGAUCUGAUUAUAGUUCCCAUAUCAGUUGUCAUGAUGAAUUGUUGCGGGGAACAGAACGGAAUAGAGACAAACUCAAAGGCUCCUACUCUAUACGAUCUGAGGAAAAGAGCCGGGAGGCCAAACGGCCACGUUAUGAUGACACAGAGAAGAUACACAGCAUGGGCGGGGAUCAUUCAAGUUUUACAUCAGGGACUCGCAACUAUCGACAGCGUAGGCGAAGCCCAAGUCCUAGAUUUCUAGAUCCUGAGUUUCGAGAGCUGGACCUUGCCAGACGAAAGCGAGAAGAAGAGGAGGAACGAAGUAGGAGCUUGAGUCAGGAGCUGGUGGGAGUUGAUGGUGGUAGCACUAGCUGUUCCAUUCCUGGAUUGUCAGGUGUCCUAACAGCAUCAGAGCCAGGAUAUUCAUUGCAUCGGCCUGAGGAUGUAUCUGUGAUGCCCAAGAAGUCCAUUCUGAAGAAGCGGAUUGAGGGGGACAUGGAACCUUCUGUGCAGCCUGAGAAUUUUUCCAGCAGUACCAGCUCCAGCCAUGAUCACCCUCCCUAUUCUGGACACUCAUCUCUUCCACUAAGUGGUGCUAUUGCUGCUUUUGCCUCAGAGAUUGAAAACAAGGGGACUACAGUGGAGACUCCAUUGAAGGAGCCUCAAGGCAAUCUUUACCAGUGGGGUGCCCUCACUGGGGUGCCCAAAGACAGUAGUCCUCUCAGAGAAAAAUUUGGAAGUUUUCUGUGUCACAAGGAUAAUUUGGAUUUGAAGGCUGAGGGACCUGAGCGACACACCGACUUCUUAUUGCCCCACGAGAGAGCUAGCCAGGAUGGCAGUGGUUUUUCCCGCAUUUUGAGCAUGUUGGCUGAUUCUACCAGUACACAGGAAAAAAGACGAUGUAGCUUUCCUGACAUUGAGGAUGAAGAGAAAUUUCUCUAUGGGGAAGAAGAAGAGGAUUUAAAGGCAGAAUCCCCACCAAAGUCCAUUGGGGGCUCUGAGAAUGACAUUAUGAGGCAGAAGGCAAGCUCUCUGCCCUCUUCAACUCCAGCUGUAAAGCUAGAAUCGCUUGAAGAGACCAAUCCAGAAUAUGCCAAAAUUCAUGACUUGCUUAAGACCAUAGGGCUGGAUAUUGGAGUAGCAGAGAUUAGUAAACUGGCUGCUCGAACCCAGGAACGACUGCACGGCAAGAAGCCAUCAUCACGCUCUUCAGCUGACCAUCGUUCCUCUGUUGACCGACACUUUUCAGCUGACCGCAGUUCCUCAGUUGACCACCGUUUCUCAGCUGAUCGGCACUCCUCAGAUCCCCACAGACUGGAAAGCAGGGAGGCACACCAUAGCAAUACCCACUCCCCAGAGGUGUCUCAUCCACACCCAGCCUCCCCUGUAGAUCCUUACCUGCUCACAAAAAACAGCUCUCCAUUCCUAAAGUCUGACCAUUCAGUGGGUCAUAUUUCAGGACCAGAAGUGGUUGGCAGUGGGUUUCAGUCAUCUGUUGCAGUCAGGUGUAUGUUGCCAUCAGCUUCAUCUACCCCGAUUAGACUUCCACACUCUGCUUCUUUAUCUCAGUUUCACAUGCCAAGGCCCUCUCAGUUUGCUGCAGCUCAGAUACCUCCAAAUGACCAGGGAGCUGCCAUUCCCCCUGCCUCCUUUGACACCUAUCGGCACUAUAUGGCAUAUGCAGCUUCGAGGUGGCCCAUGUACCCUGCCUCUCAACCAUCAAACCACCCUCUACCCGAACCACAUAGGAUAAUGCCAAUAACCAAACAAGCUACUCGUAGCCGUCCCAAUCUUCGUGUAAUCCCCACUGUGACUCCUGAUAAACCCAAAAAGAAGGAGUCAGUGCUAGGUUCAAUUCCUGCUGCCCAGGUGCCUGUCCAAGUGUCUAUCCCAUCACUCGUAAGAUAUAAUCCAGAAAAGAUCUCUGAUGAAAAGAACCGUGCCUCCCAGAAGCAGAAAGUUAUUGAAGAGAGGGAAAAAUUAAAGAGUGAUCGGGAAGCCCGCCAGAAAAAAAUGUCCUAUCUCAGAACUGAGUUGGAGCGGCUUCAUAAACAACAAGGGGAAAUGCUGCGCAAGAAACGAAGGGAAAAGGAUGGUCACAAAGACCCACUUCUGGUCUUUGUGGGUCGGCUUCAGGAUAACAUUAUGAAGGACAUUGCAGAGCUACGACAAGAGGCAGAAGAGGCAGAGAAGAAACAAUCUGAACUGGACAAAGUAGCUCAGAUCUUGGGAAUUAACAUCUUUGAUAAAUCCCAGAAAACUUCAAAUGAUAGUAAAGAGCCUACAGAGAAGCCUGGGAAAGCAGAAAAAUCUAAGAGCCCAGAAAAAGUGUCAUCCUCAAACUCUUCCUCCAACAACAAGGAAUCAAAGGUAAAUAAUGAGAAGUCCCGAGUUAAGAGCCCUAAGCCUGCCGAAAGCCCCCAGCCAACUGCUAAACAGUCUGAUCAGCCCAUUUCUGCUUAUGAAUAUUAUGAUGCUGGCAGUCACUGGUGCAAAGACUGCAAUACCAUCUGCGGGACCAUGUUUGACUUCUUCACCCACAUGCACAAUAAGAAGCACACACAGACACUGGAUCCCUACAACAGACCUUGGGCUUCAAAGACUCAGAGUGAGGCCAAGCAAGAUGCUGUAAAGCGCACUGACAGGAUAACUGUUCCAGCAAAAGGUUCUGAAUUUCUAAUUCCCAUCACUGGAUUUUAUUGCCAGCUCUGUGAGGAAUUUUUGGGGGAUCCAAUUUCUGGAGAACAACAUGUGAAGGGUCACCAACACAAUGAGAAAUACAAGAAAUAUGUGGAGGAAAACCCACUGUAUGAAGAGCGACGGAAUCUGGACCGCCAAGCUGGCUUGGCUGUGGUCCUAGAGACAGAACGGCGACGGCAGAAUGAGCUAAAGCGCAAACUUAGUGAGAAACCCAAGGAAGAGAAGAAAGAAAAAAAGGCAAAGAUUGUGAAGGAAGUAAAGGAAGAUGACAAGGUUUCUGUAGAAUUAGAGGACCAAGUCUCUGAGGGUGGGAAUUCCCCUGAAAAAUCUGAAAAUAAAAGGAACAUUAGCAUCAAACUACAAGUAAAAGAAGAGGUAAAGAAGGAAUCACCAAUACCAUCAUCUUUUGGAAAAUUCAGCUGGAAGAAGCCAGAAAAAGAAGAGGAAAAAAGUUCAGUGGUAAAUUCAAGUGUCCUUAAGGAAGAGAUUGUGGAAAACAGUAAGGACAAAGAAGAUGGCAAAGCUGAAGCUGGGAAGGCAAAGCCCAUCAAAAUUAAGCUUUCUGGGAAAACUGUUGUUGCACAUACCAACCCUUGGAUGCCUGUUGUUACAACUUCAACACAGACUAAGAUCCGACCGAACCUGCCUAUCCCAUCCACUGUACUCCGCAAGUCAGGUUCAGCCACAGUGAGCAAGCCUGCUCCUCUUAAUACCUUUCUGUCUAUCAAGUCCUCUGGAACCACUGCUAAACCUCUGCCAGUGGUUAAAGAGUCUUCAGCUGAUCUGCUCUUGCCCCCAGAUAUCAUCUCCAAAGCUUUUGGAGGGGAAGAGGUGAUUCUAAAAGGAUCUCCAGAGGAAAAAUUGGUGCUGGCUGAAAGGAAUGAGCCAUCCCAUAUACCUGAGCAAAUGUUGCCACCACCUCCUCCUCCUCCUCCUCCACCACCACCACCACCACCACCACCGCCACCUCCACCACCACCACCACCUCCACCACCCCCAGUUAUACCUCAUCCAACUGCUCCAUCUCCUGCUCAAGCAAAUGCUGUCUUGGCUCCAGUAAAAUCUAACUCAGUUGUAUCUCAGACCCUCAGUCCUGGAUUUCUGGGUCCUAACAUUUUGAACCCAGUGUUGCCUGUAGCCUUUAUGGCCUCAGCACAGCCAGUUGCCAUUCCUUCUGAUGAAACAGCUCCUGGGGUGAGUGAGAGCGACCGGGACCAGACCCUAUUCUCGGUGUUAGUACGUCCUCCACCACCCCUCUCAAGUGUAUUCAGUGAACAAGCCAAAAAAGUGGAGAAGCGAAAUUCAUGCCUAGCUACUGCCAAUGCUAAGGACCUGUAUGAUAUAUUCUACAGUAGUGGUGGAAAGGGAGCCUCUGAGCCGAAGCUAGGUGGUGGACCAUUGGCCAAUGGGGAAAAUAGCAACCUGUCUAAAACUGAAAGUUCAGAUACCUCUUCCACUUCUACUUUGAACAGCAGUGCAUCCCAAGAGGAGUUGCCUCGAGAUAAGGGUUUGGGCCCUGCUCCUACAGUCAGCAGCCCUGAAAAUCCCAUUGAAAAAACUCUGGUGCCCAUAAAGAAAUGGCCAGUUGUAGAGCAAGUAGACCCAAAAAGCAGAGGCAGCAGCUACAGCUUCUUACAGCCUCUGACAAGGUUGUGCCAAAACAGGUCUUGUGAAACUGUUACUCCAAAGACAGAUACUUUGGCUUCUAGCUCCCUUCAUAGUGAUACUGAUAGAGAUAUACCUCCAGAAGGGAAAAUUGAGUUUGGCCUGGGAGAGCCAAGGCCAUCUGGUGCAGACCCAGCUCCUCAGCUGUCAGAUACACACUGUCAUAGUAAGGAAUCUCAGAAAUUGGUAGAAAUUCAUCUCACAGAAUCUGGUAACCAAGAUAAGGAAAGCCAAGAGCUUAACCGAUCUGAGGAUUGUAGAGAAAGUGAGGUAGAGACAAACACUGAACUAAAAGGAAGGGUAGCAGUUGAUGAAGGAGCAGGUACCAACGUUGAACCCCACAGCAUAGCAGAUUCUGAUUUAACUCUUGGGAACAGAUGGGAAGGAGUAGAACAACCUAAAUUGCUGAUGAUUGAUGAAGAAGCAGAACAAUCUAAGACACUGAUGACAGGACAUGAAACUCCAAGUAACGUAGUAAUUGAAUUGAGUAGUUCACAGGCUUUCUGUUCCACAAAGGUAAAAAUAGGCUCAUUUCCAUCAGAAACUAAGUCUUUACUCCAGAACCCACAGAAUAUGCCUGGGAAAAUUUCUGCCCCAGAAUUGCUUCUUCUGUCCCCAGCCAGAUCGGAUAGUCACCAAAAGAAAGGAGUUACAGCUAGUAGUCAAGAGUGGCUAGAAAAUUCAGCUCCAGAAUCAGCUUCUAGAAGUUCUAGAUACAAAAGCCUCAAACUCAAAAGAGAAAGAUCAAAAGAUUUUCAAGGUAAAAUUGUCUGUGAGCUGGCUGUUUGGGACAAGAACAAGAGGUCAGAGACCUGGCAAAGCCCAGAGAAAACAGAAAUGAAAGCUGUGGAACCAGGAGAUUUCUGUCAAGAACUAACAGUGACAGUAGACAGUAAAGCCUCAGAAGACUUUGAAGCUACACAUUUACAGGUAGAAGAACUUGCUGCACCAGGGGAUCUAGGAGUCAUGCAUGUUGAUUUCUGCAAUACUCAGGUAGACCCAGCACACAGAUCCCCAACUGCCCUGUCUCAGAAAGAAUAUGAAGAAAAUUCUUUAUCACCUAUAGGAUGUAAUACCUCCACCCUCAGUGACUUUGAACCAAUUUCAUCUUUUUCUGAGUUUCCGUUAGAUUCUCCCCAAACCCUGGUGCUUAACUUUGGAAUAGAGGGUAAACACAACUCAUCUGAUCCCAGAAGUGGGAGAAUCACUUCUAACUAUUUGAAAACUGGACUUCCUAUAGAAAAUAUUGAGCAUGGCUUAGGGGGCCUAGAAGGAACACACCAGGCCCUUGACCUACUGGCAGGAGGAAUGUUGCCUGAGGAAGAAGAAACUUUAAAGAAGCAAGAGUCACUCAGAUUGGAAUCCGAAACAAUUACUCAUAUAAGCCUUGGGCCAUCUCCUUGCCUUCCAGACCUUGUUGACUUUGUUACUCGGACAUCUGUAGCUCCAAAAGAGAAACUAUGUUCUCCACUCUCUGAACCAGAUGACUGUCCUAAGUGUAGUUCCCUGGAGUUGGGUCCACUACAGCUAGAAAUUCCAAAUGCAUCCAUCCCAGAGAUAGCAGUUCCUCAAGCAGUUGAGGACAAUGAUGAUUCUUUGAAUUUGGUAAAAACUCCAACUUCAAGGAUAGUUGGAGGCAAUAUGGUCCCUCAGGAAAUGCCUGAACAAGAAGUCACAGUUGAUGCCAUCCAGGACCACACAGAAUCCAGUGUUCAUGACUAAGCUACUUGUGGAUGAAUCAGAUUGGCUUCUAGAAAUCAUAUGCUUAGAUGAUUCUAGGACUAGUUGGCAAUUUCAUCUGGAACCUACACCAAGAGAUUCAAUCACCAUCUUACAGUAAACAUUUGUGGAAGCUAAAAACUUUUACCUCCUUUUUUUCUUUUUCUUUUCCCCUUAAAAUAUCAGACAAAUCAAUCAUAACAACUUCUAUAAAUAUCUGUAAAAAAUUUUUUCUGUUAAUUUUUUUUCUUUUUGGCCAAAUUAUUUUCUCCUACUUUGUCAUUAAAAUCAAAUGUCUAUCUGGCUCACCACAUAGUGUGCUUUAAUUGUAUUUUGGCUUUAAUGCUGCCAUUUCUGGAAUGUGAGGGAGGAGGAGGGGGACAGAGCUGAUUUCUCCGAUUGCUGUGUUGUAUCCCUACCUAAUUUCCUGGGUAGCCGAUGUAUCUCUGGGAAAAAACUAGGGAACUUGCAGAAAUGGAUAAUUUCUACUGAUGAAGGAAGAAUUGUUCAUCUCUUAGGCUUCCAUUUGAAUGGGCCUGCCUUAACAUUGAUUGAAAUCCAGCGUGAGUAGCCCUUUUGUUUAAUGUUCACUUUCCUUUUUGGCAUGUCAGCUCCCAUACUUCCUUUGUUCUGUUGCCUUUGCUUGAGAUGGCUCUGCUAAUCUAUAAACUUGUUUGGAAAUAGCCUCAAUAAACAUGGAAGAAAAUUUGACAGGCUCACUUUUGGAAGACAACAAAUCGGUAAGGCAUUCUUAGCUCAAUACCAGGAGCAGAUAUGUUUUGGAGCUCACUUUUACUUCUUAAAUGGUCUUUGCUCAUUGUAUUGUGGUCUGGUAACUCUUUGUAUUAAAUUGUUUAGCAGCCUUUCUGUUCUGAAGAGAUAGAAGGUCUGAAACUUGUCUUGGAAUUGGACUCAUUCUCUGUUCCAUAAACCUAUAUGUAUCCUUCUACUUCUCCCUUUCCCAAGCUGUUUCCACCAUAGUGUGAUGUUUUGGGUUGUACAUUUUGUUUAAAAGAUUAAAGAUUUUAUGAAUUGGCUUGGACAAGUUUAACUUUAUUUUUAAUGUGUUAAUUUCUUGGAAUAAAUGCAUUAAUCUUAUGUUUCUUUCUGGAUUUUUGUUUUGAUACCACACACUUUUUUUUCUCAGUAUUGGGGUUUGAAUUCAAGGUCUCUUGUUUGCUAGGCAAGGAAACCACACAAUUUGAAUUUCAAAGGAAAACUAGAAUAGUGAACCCCUGCUACGCUAUUGGCUAUCCCCAUCCAUAAC